CCUAAAAAAAUUUUAUCCGACUUAAUUUUAUCGGAUGUCGUCAAAGAGACAAUUUACCGAUUUAAUAGUUAUCUCAUUUUCGGCAAACCAAAAUGCAAAUGGGCGCGAAGCUCUUAAAAAAGGGCAAAAAGUUAAGAGAAGAUUGAGCAGGGAAUCUGCGCGGGAGAGGAGUGUUGUUGACAUCUCCAAAUUAAACCGAAGUCCAAACUACAAAUCCAACAGUCCAAAAAUAAAGGGCGCGCAGCGCGGCGGGAACUACAUAAAAGAGUUGGUUUUGAAAAGGACCCUCCCGCCAGAGCUUCAAUUCCUCGAUCUCAGCCGUCCACGUGGGCGCAUCUCGGGCAACAUCAAUCACCUGAAAAGCCUUCCCACAUUUGAGCGGCGAGAGGCGAUCUCCGCUCGCGUUGCCUCUGUUCCCCAGUGACACCACGAGCACGAGCAGUGUUCAUUUCCUCACAGUAGUCGUUCACAGUCUUAAUGGCGGGUGAGAAUAGGACUGGAAGGGCAAUGAAUCCAGGGUUCCUUCAUCUUCAGAAGCUCGCCCUCGAACUCAAAUGCCCCCUCUGCUUAAACUUUCUGAAGAAGCCACAUUUACUGCCAUGCGAUCACAUUUUCUGCCGGUCGUGCCUACCCAAAUCCAAACAGCUGGGUCUGGAAUGCCCUUACUGUAAGGGUCCCUACGCUGAUGAAGAUAGUAGGCACCUGCCCUUCAUCGAGAACCUUGUGACUAUCUACAGAGGACUGGAUGCUGCUUUUCAUGUCACUGCAAUGCAGUCGGUUGGUUCUGGUGAUCCCCAGGUUUUAGGCAGCAAAGAUGAAUCUCUGAAAGCUAGCUUCAACCACAGCAUUCAUGUGAGAAAUUGCUCAUUUUCACCAAUGAGCAAGAAAUCCGAUCCUGUUCCAUCAACUCCUGUUGGAAUUGUGGCUGGAGAGAAAGGCAUGUCAGAUAAAUGUAGUUUACCUAGGGGCUUAAAAGAUAACGACAAAAAUGUGGUUGAGGAUGGUGGGCGCAAAGCUAAACCAAAUGCCCAGUCCCCACUGAUAGAUUCUCAGACAGGAACUCAAUCGAUGGAAGAGUAUGUAACUACGACUCUUGUAGACCAAUUGUCACUUGAUAGUCCUUCAUUUGGUGACCUCAAGGAUUCUGAGGAUGACAGUAAUGACCAAUGUGGUAAUGAUACUCCACAAAAUCAUGCCAUGGCAUUGGUCAAGCAGAGUUCUGUUGACAAUCAACGACGUGGGGGACAUGGCAGUUCUGCUUCUGGCACUUCUGAAGAGCAUCUGAGGAAUUCUAAGAGACAAAAGUUGAACUAUAGUUCAAAAGAUACAGGUUUGCACAUUGCUGGUCCUUUCGAGGCAAGGGAUUGUCAAGCUGAAAAACUGGCAAUAUCUGGUGUUCACAAUCAUGCAGCAUCAAAUCAGCUCCCUGCAAACGGAACUGUCUGUGGAUUUUGUCAGUCCUCUAGCGUCUCAGAGGAUACUGGCCCCAUGUUGCAUUACCUAGACGGGAAUCUGGUCGAAGGACAUGAAGCUACCAUGUCCACUGCAUUGCAUGUUCACAGGAUUUGUGUUGAAUGGGCACCUCAGGUAUUUUUUGUUGGUGAUACUAUAAAUAACUUGAAGGAAGAGUUGGCUAGGGGUGCAAAACUUAAGUGCAUCAAAUGUGGGCAAAAGGGAGCAGCACUAGGUUGCUAUGUCCAAUCUUGCAGAAAAAGUUAUCAUGUUCCCUGUGCAAUGGAAAUCGCUAGAUGCAGAUGGGAUUUUGAGGAUUACCUUCUACUUUGUCCUGGCCAUUCUUCUCACAAAUUUCCAGCUGAGAAGUCCAAGCGUGUGAAACAGAAGUUGAAAGAUAAUCAGAACACGAGGGAUGAUCUUGAGUUGGCAAAAACAGUCUUGAAGCAGUCAAACCCGUGGAUAGGUUCAAAGAAGUGGCUUUUCUGUGGAUCUACUCUUUCUGCUGAAGAGAAGUGUAUUCUAGCGGAGUUUGGCAACAAAAUAGAUGUACCAGUGACUAAAUUCUGGAGACCAGAUGUUACACAUGUGAUUGCAUCCACAAAUGCGGAGGGGGCGUGCACUAGAACACUGAAAGUUCUCAUGGCCAUUCUAAAUGGGAAAUGGGUUCUAACAAUUGACUGGAUAAAAGCAUGCAAGGAGGCAAUGCAACCUGUCAGUGAAGAACCUUUUGAAGUUAGACUUGACAAUCAUGGAUCCUGUGAUGGCCCCAAAAAUGGGAGACUUUGUGUCUUAAAUAAUGGUCCGAAGCUCUUCCACCAGUUAAACUUCUACCUCUCUGGUGACUUUGUAUCUGGCUACAGAAAAGAUCUCCAAAAUCUGAUUGUUGCCGCGGGUGGCACAGCAUGGUGGAGCAAGGAAGACUUGUUGGAGAUGAGCAAACAACACAAAGGUGGGGAUGGAGCUUCCCCAACAAUAUUAGUUGUUUACAAUCUCGAUCCUCCGCCGGGCUGCAAGUUGGGAGAAGAAGUGUCAAUUCUCUGGGAAAGGCUUAAUGAAGCAGAGGAUAUAGCUGCUAAAACUGGAUCUCAAGUUAUUGGUCAUACUUGGCUGUUGGAAUCAAUUGCUGCAUGUAAAUUGCAGCCCCUUGUUAGUUGAAAAAAAUGUUCAGCAACAACUCCCAGAAAUUUUAGCUUGUUUUAGGACGUUGGGGCAAUAGUUGGAACUGUGCCAUAUUGUAAGGGUUAUUAAGCAUACGCUGUAUUGGGAUGAUAAUAAUACAGUAGACACAUUUUGAUUUCUAAUGAAAGAGUAACAUGUGUAUUUCCUUCAGAUUAUACCUGUUUCAUUGCAUCAGGAACAGGAGCAGCAGCAGUAAAUGAUUGCCGAAGAAGGGAAGAACAAAGAUGAAUUUAGAAGAUACAUCCCUUGUUUAUUAAAGAAAGAAAUGUUGUUGGAAAGCAAUGCAGUGCUGUGUUUUACAAGAACUACUAUAUCUAAACCGAUGUACAAUAAUCACUUGUUUUUGUUUAGUAUCAUUUUCUAUUUUUUGUUUUUGUUUCCACGGGUAAACAGAUAGAUGAAAAAUAUGUUUAUUUAUGUUUUCAUAACAACUAACAACAUGAAUUGGCAACAUAACAUACAUCAGCUGAAAUCAGCGAAACCAUUUUAAGUAACUUUCUUGUUGUUACAAAAAAAAAAAAAAGUUUUUUUGUGAGAUCAUAUCAAGUGUUCAUUUAAGUGAGUUAACAAACAAACUUUCUACAUGUUUUCCCUCUCCAAAUUUACAUAACUCUUCCUAGAAACCUUAUUGUCAAUAUUAUUUUCAUAUAUCUUCUAAUAACUUGUCAUGUCGCAUUAUAUCUCUAAUUGUUUUCCUAUUUAUAUCUUAUUCUCAACAUUGAUACUAAACGGGACUAAAGAAUUCACUAGUUGUGUUUCUACUCCUGAUUGUCAACUUGCAUGAUUUGUCAGAAUUACCAAUUAAAAAAGUUUCUGGUUUCUAUUUUUAUGUUGUUUUGGUUGUAGCUUUGUUGUCACAACUCUAUAGCAAAACAACAACGCUAUACCAAAUCAAACCUAAGUUGUCACCUUGUCGGGAUACGAACGUCCGACUAGUGAGUUCUCUGUUCUUAGGAGUCAAUUCUGAUUGGUCAAUAAAAAUCGAUUUGAAUGCUAUUUCUUUUUUAUUUUUUCUUAGUUUAGGCAAUUUAGUAUGAAAAGUAAAAAGGGGUAAAGUAAUCCUAUGUUGAUUUUUUUUUUAAAUGUAAGCUCCCUUUUUCCGCAUGUAGAAAAGGAAUAAAUAAAUCAAUCAAAUUCCGGGAAGCUUCAUGAAGUGCUUCUUUAGGAGUUAAACUUCCAUUGGUCCAUAUUUCGAGAAAAAAGGAUCUCUUGCUUUUCAUUUCCAUUUCCAUAAGAAUGAACACUAUGAUUUGCAUUUCGAAGCUAUGGUAUCCAUUGGUCACGUAGAAGCAAUUAAGAUGAACAUACAACUCUUUGCACCGGUUAAGGGGCAAGAACAACUGCUUAGCCUUCCUCGCACCAAUUCAACGAGGCUACCUGGCAACAGGAACGGAGCCAGGAAUUCGGUUGAGGGGGGCCGGUAAAAAAAUUAUGAGAAAGAUUAAGUAAAGUCUUUAGAAUUUG